GAAACAACUAUAACUCUCUUGCAUAAGGUGUAUUUGAGCUUGAACACCAGAAAACUCAAUUGGGCUCGGCUUUGCUUACAUGGGACUCACAUUCCAUGUAAGAGUGUUAUAUUAGAUUUUGUGAUCGAAUUUGGAAUACAUAUAAUGACUUAUAUUGACAGUGACGUGGCUUUAUUGGAAUUGGGCUGUUUGGUCUUCGCUCUUAUUUCAAGUGAUCAGCCCCAUCCUUUCACACUACUGAGCCCAUUGUUGAAACUUGAGAGCCCAAAGUUCAAUUUCAAUUUUUUUUCAAAUCAAAUCAAUCCAACAUUUUGAAAUCAAGUUUUUUCGGUUAUUUUCGUUCUCUAUCGUUCGUCUCUUUCUUCGCGCCAUGAAAUGAAUCACACUCUCUCUCAUCUUCUACAGAGCUGCCAAACCCUCAGAUUCUUAAAAUCCAUUCAUGCCCGUCUUACAAUCGACGGCUCAAUCGCCUCCUCCGACUUUAUUCUCAACAAAAUCCUCCGACUCUACUCGCGUUUUGGUGCCACUGAGUAUGGUCGCAAGCUGUUCGAUAAAAUUCCCCAACCAAAUUCCUUUCUUUGGACAUCAGUGAUUCAUGGGUAUGCUGAAAAUUUUCAAUACACAGAAGCUCUCACGCUGUUUUCCAGGAUGCAAAGUGAAUCUGUGGAACCUUUGAAUUUCACUAUUUGUUCGGUGCUCAAGGCUUUAGCUCGACAAACUAGAUUAAAAGAUGGGGAGGCAGUUUUCGGGUUUGUUUUGAAAUAUGGAUUUGGGUAUGAUUUGAUAGUGCCAAAUGCGUUGCUUGAUUUGUUUAUGAGGUGUGGGAAAGUUGAUUUUGCCAGACGGGUGUUCAAUGAGAUGCAUGAAAGAGAUGUUGUUUCUUGGAAUUCAAUGAUAUCUGGAUAUGGGAAUAACGGUAGAGUUGAUACUGCUCGUGAGUUGUUUGACAUCAUGGUUGAGAGGAAUGUGAUUUCGUGGACGAGCAUGAUUUGUGGAUAUGCUAAGGCUGGUGAUAUGGUCGAGGCACAUGCUCUUUUUGAGGCAAUGCCUCUCAAAGACUUGGCCUCUUGGAAUGUGAUGAUUUCUGGGUAUAUGGAGGUGGGUGAUCUCAAUGUAGCUCGCUUUGCUUUUGAAGCAAUGAAAAUCCGUGAUGUUGGGACUUGGAAUCUGAUGAUUUCAGGCUUUUGCAAAGCUGGAGAAGUAGAAUCUGCAAAAGAAUACUUCAAUAGAAUGCCAAGUAAAAAUGUUGCGUCGUGGGCCAUAAUGAUUGACGGUUAUAUCAAAGCUAGAGAAAUUGAUAGUGCUAGGAGUUUAUUUGAUCAAAUGCCCGAGAAGAAUCUGGUCACUUGGUCUACAAUGAUUGGCGGCUAUGCUAAAAAUGGGCAGCCUCGUUCUGCGUUGGAAUUGUUUGAACAUUUCAAGAAGCAAGGCAUAGAACCAGAUGAAACUUUUAUAUUAGGAAUCAUCUCGGCUUGCUCACAAUUAGGGAUUUUAGAUGCAGCUGAAUCUAUUAUUCAAAACUAUGUAGGACCCUCACUUUUUUCUAAUUUGCGGGUUGUCACUAGUUUGAUAGAUAUGUAUGCAAAGUGUGGAAGCAUUAAGAAGGCAUUUCAAGUGUUCAAAACAGCUAAUCGUAAAGACUUGCUCUGUUACAGCACCAUGAUAGCAGCAUUCGCAAAUCAUGGAUUGGGUCAAGAUGCAAUUUCUUUGUUCGAUGAAAUGCAUAGGGCAAAGGUUAGACCCGAUGGAGUAGCUUUUCUUGGUGUCUUGUCUGCUUGUAAUCAUGGGGGCCUUGUCCAUGAAGGAAAGUGGUAUUUUAAACAAAUGAUUGAAGCAUUUGGUAUUCGACCAUCAGAAAAACACUACGCUUGCAUGGUUGGCCUUCUUGGCCGUGCUGGUUGCCUUGAGGAGGCACACGACCUUAUAGGCAGUAUGCCUAUGGGACCCACUUCAGUUAUGUGGGGUGCUUUACUUGCAGCUUGUGCAGUCAAUUGCAAUAUUCAGCUGGCUGAAACUGCAGCAGCUGAGCUAUUCAAGUCCGAGCCGGAUAAUUCUGGUAAUUAUAUUCUAUUAUCCAAUAUCUAUGCUGCCUCUGGGCGAUGGCAUGAUGUUGCGAAAGUGCGAGCAAUGAUCAGGGAGAAACAGGUGAGGAAGAAUAGAGGUUCUAGUUGGUUUGAGCUGGGCUCUGUUGUCCAUGAAUUUGUCAUGGGAGAUGUGUCACAUUCUGAGUCAGAUAACAUAUAUUUGAUAUUAAAUUUACUCGGGGAAGAUAUGAAGCUUUCAGGAUAUGUAAUUGAUGCCAAAAAGAAUUAUUUUUUGCGACUCUCUACUGCAUGCCAUCAUUUCUCAUCCUCUUGCAAUGAUGUUGAAGAUGUAUCAGAAGCUUGAAAUGUAUGAGACAACCUAUGCAAUACCCAUUUAUGGUAGCAGAAUUUGUCAACCAGAUUAUCUCCAAUGCUGAUAAGUCAAUUUGGAUAACGAGGCAUUGUUUAGUCUGAUUUGAACUAUAUAAUCAGGUUCACAAACAUCAUAGUUUGUAAAAAUCUUGUUCUUUGUUAUAGGUGUUCAUGGGCAUUCUUCAAGUUUCAAGAAUUUGAGCAAAAGCACUUCAAAAAACAAACCUGAUCAAGUAUGCAGGAGCCCAGCUAGCAAAAGAAAAGAGAGGAGGCUGACAACCAGACUAGUAUAUUAGGACUUGCAAUUACAACAGGUAAGAGAAAAAUGCGUUCACACUCGGUUUUAAUGAGUCAUCUUUCAUAAACCUGUUGUUUGUCUCCCAUCUUAUUUCUCAAGUACCUGUAUGCUCCAUUUUGUUACUGAGAAGGCAGACAAAAUUAAAAGCAAAGUUCGAUCAUUAAAGGUAAAGCAAAGUAGAACGGGCUAGAAUUUUCAAACCAUUUAUUUGACAUACUGUAGAACAGAUGUCUUUUUACCUCGUGAACUUCACAUCCUGACUUAAGUUAAAAAAUUAAAGUUCACUGAACCUUUUCCUU